AUGGAGUGUGGAAAGGCCUUUGCUCAGAGCAGUGACCUCAGAAUCCACAAAAGGAUCCACACUGGGGAAAAGCCUUUUAAAUGUAUGGACUGUGGAAAGAUCUUCGCUCGCAAAGGUAAUCUUAUUUCCCAUAAGAAGAUCCACACAGGGGAGAAGCCAUAUAAAUGCAUGGAGUGCGGAAAGACCUUCACUCGCAAAGAUAAUCUUAUUUCUCAUAAAGUGAUCCACACAGGGGAGAGGCCGUAUAAAUGUAUGGAGUGUGGAAAGGCCUUUGCUUACAGCAGUGACCUCAGAAACCACAAAAUGAUCCACACUGGGGAAAAGCCAUUUAAAUGCAUGGAGUGUGGAAAGACCUUUACUCGAAGUGGUACUCUUCUUAACCAUACGAUGAUCCACACUGGGGAGAAGCCAUAUAAAUGCAGGGAGUGUGGAAAGACCUUCUCUCAAAAAGGUAAUCUUAUAUCCCAUAAGGUGAUCCACACAGGGGAAAAACCAUAUAAAUGCAUGGAGUGUGGAAAGACCUAUGCU